AAAACACUAACUUCCCACAGCUGCAGACAAUACCAAACCUUCAACCUACUAACCUAAAAUCUUUAUUUUGAGAGAUGUUUUCUUAGGAAGAAAAUGAAAAUGGUUCGAUUUUGGAGCUUCGUGCUUCUGGGUCUGUUCAUUUCAUUUGCUUCUAAUGUUUGUGGAAAAGGUGAAACCACUGUUGAGUAUGAUAUUAACUCCACACCAUUUGCCCAGCAGCAGACAAGUCAUGUAACGAUGGCUUCUGAAAAGUCCACUAACAACUCUGAUUUAAGCACAAGUGAUACUUUAAAUAAAGGCACGUUGACAAGCCAACAACCUUUGCUACCUACUCUACCCACCACAGUCUACCCAAACCAUCGGGAGUUGUGUCCAAGUAGAGUAGAUUGUUUUAAGCUGAGUGGUGACUGUUUGGAUUGUGAACUGAAUUCUUCAUGUGUCUAUGGAAGAGAAUACAAUGUGACAUGCAGGCCCAAACCAGAUCUGGAUUGUGUUGGCAACCAAACCAUCAUUAAAUCAUUUAGGUGUCGUUACUGCUACCAGUCAGAGCCAUGGGAGCAAACAUGUACACCAACCAUCAAACAUAGUGACUGCAAGGUUAAUAGUAAUCCACCCAUUAUGGUCAGAGUUAACUGCUCAAUUAACGAUGACUUGAUCUGUCUAGGUCAGAGAAAAUUUUACCGAAGGAGCCGCUGUAACUGGACAUCGGGGCAUCGAUGGUCUACAGCACUCACUCUAAGUGUGACGUUGGGAGGAUUUGGUGCUGAUCGGUUCUACCUUGGGUCAUGGAGGGCAGGUCUUGGCAAGCUGUUUAGCUUUGGAGGUCUUGGGGUAUGGACACUGGUGGAUGUGGUACUUAUAGCUGUUGGUUACAUUAGACCAGAAGAUGGAUCCUACUAUAUAUGAAAAUAUAUAGUACACUAUAACAACAAACUUUUAAUGAUCUGUGUUAAAGGCAGUGGACACUAUUGGUAAUUGUCAAAGACUAGCCUUCACAGUUGGUGUAUCUCAACAUAUGCA